AUGCUUUUUAGAAGACCGAUUGGACGGGCCUGUGUGCGGCCUAUUUUUGCGCCCACCACGGCUGUUAGAGGCUUUCAGUCCGUGUACCAUGUGGAGAGUCCGAUCAUAGACGACUCAAAACUGGAGAACAGGAUUCUGGGCCGCGCAUACAACAAGUUUGUCCCCACGCACGGCUUCACAAAGCAGUCUGUGGACCUAGCCAUUGCUGAUUUGCAAUUGAGGCCGGAGAACCUUGGAGGGCUGUUUGGAAUAGGAUUACAGGUUUCGGAUGUGGUCAAUGAGCUGAUAAUGUACCAUCUGAAGCACACUAGAGCCAAUUUGAGCAGGUACCACGACGAGGCCGGGAAGCUGGCCACCGAGGGAGCAAAAGUGCGGUUUUACAUGCAGAAGAGGCUGCUGGACAACGUGCCGAUUAUCAAGUAUUACCACCAGGCACUCGGGCGCAUGAUUUUGCCCACGAACCUGGGCAUCUUUCUGACAGAGCUACACAAUCUUUCGGACGACAUCACGUACUACUCAGGAGACAAAUCGAACGAUUUUGCUUGGUAUUCCAAACGGUUUGCUCUUUCAAGCGUCUUUGUGCAAUCAGAGCUGUUUAUGCUGGGCGACACCACGCCCGACUAUUCUGCUACUAUCAGUUUCAUGAACGAUAGAGUGUCCGACAUCGACACGCUUGGAUAUGCGUACAAUUCGAUGAAGGAGUGGGCGAUUUUCAACGGAAUCAGUCUUGUCAACCUCAUCAAAAGCCAGUUGGCGCGGGGGUGA